AUGAGGGAGUACUGCCUUUGCAACGAGUGCUGCCUUCCAAUGAGUGCUGCCUUUGCAAGGAGUGCUGCCUUCGCAAGGAUUGCUGCCUUCGCAAGGAGUGCUGCCUUCGUAAGGAGUGCUGCCUUCGCAACGAGGGCUGCCUUUGUAGGGAGUGCUGUCUUCAUAAGGGGUUUUGCCUUCGCCAGGACUGCUGGCUUUGCAAGGAGUGCUGCCUUCGCAAGGAGAAAUGCCUUCGCAAGGAGUGCUGCCCUCGCAAGGAGUGCUGCCUUUGCACAGAGUGCUGCCUUUGCAGGGAGUGCUGCCUUUGCACAGAGUGCUGCCUCUGCAAAGAGUGCUGCCUUUGCAAGGAUUGCUGCCUUCGCAAGGAGUGCUGCCUUCACUAGGAGUGCUGCCUUUGCUAGGAGUGCUGCCUUCGCAAGGAGUGGUGCCUUCGCAAGCAGUGCUGCCUUCGCAAGGAGUGCUGCCUUUGCAAGGAGCGAAGCCAUCGCAAGGACUGUUGCCUUCGCUAGGAGUGCUGCCUUCGCAAGGAGGGCUGCCUUCGCAAAGAGUGCUGCCUUCGAAAGGAGUGCUGCCUUUGCACAGAGUGCUGCCUUUGCAGGGAGUGCUGCCUUUGCACAGAGUGCUGCCUCCAUAAGGACUGCUGCCUUUGCAUGGACUGUUGCCUUCGCAAGGAGUGCUGCCUUUGCAAGGAUUGCUGCCUUCACAAGGAGUGUUGCCUUCGCUAGGAGUGCUGCCUUCGCUAGGAGUGCUGCCUUCGCAGGGAGUGCUGCCUACGCUGGGAGUGCUGCCUUCGCAAGGAGUGCUGCCUUCGCAAGGAGUGCUGCCUUUGCAAGGAGCGCUGCCAUCGCAAGGAGUGCUGCCUUCGCUAGGAGUGCUGCCUUUGCAAGGAGCGCUGCCAUCGCAAGGAGUGCUGCCUUCGCUAGGAGUGCUGCCUUCGCAAGGAGGGCUGCUUCGCAAAGAGGGAGUACUGCCUUUGCAACGAGUGCUGCCUUCCAAUGA